AUGACCAAGCACAUCGGGCAGCCCGUUCCACCUCCCAGAGGCCUGGCCUCAUUGGCCGACUUUCUGGGUUAUUCGAAGCCUUGGAGCCCGGGAUCACUUUUCAGAAACUCAGCUAGCUCGGCCUCUACCAAUCAAAUAAGCCUCGCGCUGAACUUCGGCCUCAAUCAAGCCCUCAGAGCCAGUCCUAUCCCCGUCCCGAAGCCUCGAGUGACUGAACUGCAGACGAGGAUAAUGUUUCUUCAUCCCGGUGCGCUGCUAACGUGUUUAGUCUUAAUAUCUUGCUCUCAUGGACGAUGUUUGCGUCGAGGUCUGUGGAAGCGCAUGAACGACAUGGACCAGCUGAAGGUUCCUCUACUUUCCAAAGAUUAUUCCAGCGAAUUCGCAAGAGCAUCCGAUGCAGGCGCCUACAAUGAAAGGACAGUCCAUCGUGGAAAGGGUCGCCAACAUUACAUCAACGAAGAUUCAGAUAGCCUCGAUGGCCCCCCAAAAAAUUCUGAAACCACCAAAGCAGUACCGAAGGAUCAAAUGGCAGGAUCACGCCCAGACAGAGACUUUAAAAACGAGUCCGGUGGCCCGAGUGGAUCUAAGAUUCCUAUCGUUAAAGAAAAUAAGGAACAAGAAAUACGUGUUUCCCUACCUCCUGACUCACUUGUACGGGCUGAGGGCAAACUGACAAAGAUAAAAAUGAAGGUCUUCCGGAUUAUCAGUCCCCGCGCGACAAUGAAACCCAGUUGGUGUUUGAAUUGGUUAUUCGAAGCUAGGAAAUCGGAUAAAGGCGAAGACCCAGAAUUUAUUGAACCCUAUGAGUUCCUGAAAAGUAUUUUCGAAGGUGGCUUGCUACAUGACAGGUUUUUUUAA